UUAGUGCCUCCCCAGUGAACGCAAGCACCAUCACAUACACAUUGAGCUUCAGCAUCCAACUCUAAAAUAUCGCGCUUCAGUUUUCCUUCCUGCCUGCCGUUUGUUUUUGCGAUUUUUGUUUUAACAUGUUCCGGCUGUUUUCUGGGAGCAUCUUUGUGGCGUUACCACAGCGCGCAACGACAUUUUAUCUAACAACGCGGCAUUUCUGCUGCCAUUGAUGUUUGCGGAGUUUCGAUACCCGAAACGGCAAAACAUUCGCUUCAUUUUAAGUCGGUCUCGCUCUCAUAAAUAUCCCUAGGAACCGCUCAGCGCUGCAACUCUGUGAUUUCACUUUCGAGAGCAUUCUCGCCGAGUUUCCACAGCACCAUGUGAUCGACUAUAUCUUCCUCUUUCUUUCUCAAUCAUCCUUUUUGAAAAACGUCGAGAGAAAAUAAGAGGUUCUUGAGUGUCACGGCUCUGUCCACGCGCGAAGAUGCCUGUGCGCCGGGGACACGUCGCUCUCCAGAACACCUAUCUGGACACCAUCAUCAGGAAAUUCGACGGACAAAAUCGUAAAUUCCUAAUAGCUAAUGCCCAGAUGAAAAACUGCGGGAUCAUCUACUGCAACGAGGGCUUCUGUCAGCUGUUUGGUUUCUCGCGGGCGGAGAUCAUGCAGCAGUCCUGCACCUGUCAGUUCUUGGUGGGGCCGGGCACUAUGAAGAAUGCCCUGACACAGCUGGCACAGGCCCUUCUCGGAUCAGAGGAACGCAAGGUGGAGAUCCUCUACUACUCUAAAGAAGGAGUGUGUCGGCCAUGCUUGGUGGAUGUUGUUCCAGUAAAGAAUGAGGAAGGAGUUGUUAUCAUGUUCAUCUUAAACUUCCAGGAGCUUUUAGACCCCUCCCUGAAGAAAGGUGGCAUCAAACAGCGCAUGACACAUGCUCUACAGGCAGGUCAGAGACGCAACAUGAGGCUGAGAAUGCCCUCUCUCCGUGUCAAACGCAUGCCAUCUCUCCCAAAAGACCCCUUUGAGGGUGUGGUGGUAGACUGUUUACAGCCCUCUAUUGAGGAGGUUUUGCUGACGGAACUUCAAAUCUCAUCUCAGGAGAGCUGCUCGAAAUCAGAGACCCAGGCCUUGAUUCAGCCGAACCCCUCCACAUGUGGAUUCUCCUCCCCACUGUCACAGCCCACAGACCGGUUAGAAACCAGCGUAGCUAACCUCAAACACAGCCACUCCAGAGAGAGCGUGGGCAGCCUGCGGCGGGCCUCUUCCCUGCAUGACAUUGAGGGCAUGAGGGACCAAUGGAGCGAUCUAAAGCCCAAUAACCUGAACUCCACCUCAGACUCAGAUCUGAUGCGACACCGGGCCAUUGGACGCAUCCCUCAGGUGACGAUAUCAUUCGGCUCCGACCGUCUCAGACCCCCGUCCCCCACAGAGAUCGAGAUCAUCGCACCCAGCAAGAUUAAAGAUCGCACGCAGAAUGUCUCGGAAAAGGUCACGCAAGUCACCCAGUGGGACCUGAAGGUUCUGUCCCUUGGAGCGGAUGUGCUACCCGAAUACAAGCUUCAAGCUCCACGCAUCCACAAGUGGACCAUCCUCCACUACAGCCCGUUCAAGGCAGUGUGGGACUGGAUCAUCUUGCUCCUGGUGCUCUACACAGCGGUCUUUACACCCUACUCCGCCGCCUUCCUCCUCAACGAGCAGGAGGACGAAAGGAGACGCACCUGUGGCUACACCUGUAACCCCCUCAAUGUAGUGGACCUGGUGGUGGAUGUCAUGUUUAUUAUUGACAUCCUCAUCAAUUUCAGGACCACAUAUGUGAAUCACAACGACGAGGUGGUCAGCAAUCCAGCUCAUAUAGCGCGGCACUAUUUCAAGGGCUGGUUCCUCAUAGACAUUGUUGCUGCAAUUCCAUUCGACCUGCUCAUUUUCAGAUCGGGUUCAGAGGAGCCUCAAACCACCACUCUGAUUGGCCUUUUAAAGACGGCACGGCUGCUGCGAUUGGUGCGGGUGGCGAGAAAACUGGACCGUUACUCUGAAUACGGCGCUGCAGUGCUCUUCCUCCUCAUGUGCACCUUUGCGCUCAUCGCUCACUGGCUGGCGUGCAUUUGGUAUGCCAUCGGAAACAUGGAGCGCACCAGCUCUGAGCGCAUCGGUGGUAUGAAGAUCGGCUGGCUGGACAACCUUGCAGAACAGAUCGGCAAGCAAUACAACGACAGCGAUCGCGCCUCUGGCCCCUCCAUCAAGGAUAAAUAUGUAACCGCUCUGUAUUUUACCUUCAGUAGCCUCACCAGUGUGGGAUUCGGAAACGUGUCUCCGAACACCAACCCUGAGAAGAUCUUCUCCAUUUGCGUCAUGCUGAUUGGCUCUCUGAUGUAUGCCAGUAUCUUUGGCAACGUGUCAGCUAUAAUUCAGAGGUUGUAUUCAGGGACUGCACGCUACCAUACUCAGAUGCUACGAGUGAAGGAGUUCAUCAGGUUCCAUCAGAUCCCAGGAGGUCUUAGGCAACGCCUUGAAGAGUAUUUUCAGCACGCCUGGUCCUACACUAAUGGCAUUGAUAUGAAUGCAGUGUUGAAGGGCUUUCCAGAGUGUCUGCAGGCUGACAUCUGUCUGCAUCUGAACCGCAGUCUGCUGCAGAACUGCAAGGCAUUUAGGGGGGCAAGUAAGGGCUGCCUGCGAGCUCUGGCCAUACGUUUCAAGACCACUCACGCGCCUCCCGGGGACACUCUUGUGCACAGCGGAGACAUUCUGACUGCUCUAUACUUCAUCUCCAGAGGUUCUAUAGAGAUCCUCAGAGAAGACGUGGUGGUGGCCAUCUUAGGAAAGAAUGAUAUUUUUGGGGAGUCCAUAAGUCUGUACACCCGUCCAGGAAAAUCGCAUGCAGACGUCAGGGCUUUGACAUACUGUGAUCUGCAUAAGAUCCUGAGAGACGACCUGCUGGAAGUGUUGGACAUGUAUCCUGACUUCUCAGACAUAUUCUGGAGCAACCUGGAGAUUACAUUCAAUUUAAGAGAUGCAGACAGAGCCAUGCAUGCAACCCCAAGCGAGGACUCAGAGUGCGGGUACCGUCGACCCAGACAAAGAAGAAAACCCUUGCAGCGCAAUAGACCAGACGGUAUGGAUCGAGAUGGAAUGGACACAUACCCGGUCCAGACGGGUUCCCCUGUAGGGAACCAUCGGGGGGCGAUACCACUCUCACACUGGGAUGAGUUAUGUAGCAAUAACAGUGCAGCCUCCCUGUCAAGUGAGGAGGAUAUGAAGCCCCUGGUAUCUGGCAGAGGAGAGGCGUACUCUCCUGGAUCAGAGAUGCAAGAUUUCUACCCUUCUGCAGUCAGCCUUCUGCCCCCCAACAAUAGCACAACUUCUGGCACGGCGGGUCCAUUGGGAGGGAAACAUCCAUACACAGCACCUCUUAAUGUGUCUGGAGUGUACGGCUAUUUGGCUGACCGUAGGGCCAGUCAGUACUCGGAGAGUCAGAGACAUCCGUCUGCAGGACAAGCCUGCUUUCACCAUCACAGCGCCUGUGCUGAUCCUGAAAGACCGAGCCAACUGCAGGCCCGCCUGGAACUAUUACAGUCACAGCUCAACAGACUGGAGACCAGGAUGACAGCUGACAUAAAUGUGAUCCUGCAGUUACUGCAGAGACAGAUGGCACCUGUGCCCCCUGCUUACAGUGCCGUAACCCCUGAAGCAAUGGCCCACCCAGCUCACCCCACCAGCUUAUAUACCACAACACCCCACAACAUCCCUCCCUCUGUACAAAUCACUGAAAGCCCAUCAUCACCUGGUAAGAUUUCACAGAGCCCUGGUCAGGAUAGCUUCAAAAACAAGUCUCGGGACUCCUUGUCCAGUGGGAUUCAUCUGACAAUAGCCUCAAACGACACCAUGUCCAUGUCUCCAGAGACUGAGACAGCUGCGCCCACAGGACUGAGUCUCCCCUAUGAGCCUUAUCAACAGCCAGUCGGACAGCUGUGUAGAAGUCUGCGCUUCCCCUCACUCCCAGAAAAUCUGGAGAGUCCAAACAUGCAGGAGGACUCAGCUGAAAUCUCGAGGCACGUGUCCGAUCCAGUUUUACCUGCCAGCUAGAGGCCCAAAACAGACUUCUGUGUUCUGCUGUGUUUUUUUUGUGCCCUGAGCUCAACCUCCCUAAGAUUCACAUAUAUACACCACAUUUUCAUUGUUUUUCAGACAGCUUCAUAUUGCACUGGAUAACAUCCAUGCUUGCCGAAAUGAAACCAAUUGUUUGUGUUACUUGUCUUAGCAACAUUAGGUGAAAAGCCAUCCAAUACUGUAGAGAGAGUGAAUCAAACAUUUCUCAGUUUUUCUCAGUUUCUGAGGUAUUUGGUUUCAUAUCCCUUCUCAUUAAGAGCAGGAAUUUUUCCUCUGAUGCAGUGAGAAUUUGCUAACAAAUCUCAGCUUUCGUUAUAGAACAUGAAAUAAAGCACAGUGGGCAAUAAAGACAAGAUCCCGGUUAAACAGAGAUCACUGCCUCAACUUUCACCAUCAUUUUCUGCUAUUAUAAUCUUAAACCAUUACCCGGAAAUCAGGUUUUACUUUAGCUUUAUUUUUACAUAGAAUAUGCUGGCUGAGAUUCUGAGGCAGUAUCAUCACUACAGGAUAUUUCAAUGACACAGUAAAGUCUGGACUGUUUUUAAAGUAUAACGCUUGUGUGGAUUGAUAUAACAGAAGUGCAGGAAUUUUUUCAAUGUGAUUUUAUAUUAUAUACUUUUGUGGCACAUUAGGUGUUUGACCCAAAUCUAUUGUAUUACUACAUCAAGUAACUGUAUGACUUGCACACAAAGAAUCCUUGUAACCAAAUGGGUGUGAAAUCAGGGGUAUGAAGUUAUUUUAAAAGUGUGUGUGUGUGUGUGAUACGCUACAGAUGCGUCAAUGAAUAUGUGAUCAUUUGAAGGACAAAGUAAAGACACUCGGACUCAAGGACUGUUUUUGUAAAUCACCUGUUCAGAUGAAGUGUGAAGUUUCUUUUACCUCUGCAGUGUAAGCAGAUGAAUGUACCGUACGUCAAGUUCUUGAAAACCAUUAUUGGACUGUAAAGGUUUCCAAAAGCACACAACUGUUUUUUAGAAUAAAUGUUAUUUAUAACAGCA